AUCUCUGGGGUCACCAACGAGCCAUCACCACCUAAACAAGGGGAGAACAUUAAGAUAAUUAUUUAUUUACGUUACUUGUAGCCUAAUUGAAAAUUUUAGAAAAAUAAAUUGAGUUUAUGAACUGUCAUUCAACUGUCAAGUAGGCAUAUAGUUUCUGGAAUGACCCUUUUGGGAUUCUUUUCCCGCUUCCACGUGUUUAUCAGGUCUGUACAUUGCUUUAACUACUGAUCUGGCCAUUAAAGCACAAAAGAAGCAGCAUGAACUCAACUCAUCACAUCGAGGACCUUUUUCAGAGGAAUUCCACCUGUAAGUAUGAAGUCAAAAACUUUAACUCGAGCAGCACUGAAGAUGUUCCUCAUCCUCCUCAUCUUCCGCGCUUCACCACUGCGGCUCAGGUCCGAGUGACGCUCACCCUGAUCCUGUGCGCGUUGUCCGCCUGCUGCAAUCUCGCCGUGCUUUACUCAGCCAACCACAACCACAGAAAACGGUCCCACAUUCGGUUGAUCAUCACUAAUCUGGCUGUGGCGGAUUUACUGGUGACGAUCAUCGUCAUGCCGCUGGACGCGGUGUGGAAUAUAACUGUGCAGUGGCUCGCGGGGGAUCUCGCGUGCCGGACGCUGAUGUUCCUCAAACUCGUGGCCAUGUACUCGUGCGCUUUCGUGACCGUGGUGAUUAGUCUGGACCGACAGGCUGCCAUUCUCAGUCCUCUGUCCAUCAACAAAGCGAGGAGGAGAAAUAAAGUUCUGCUGAGUGUAGCAUGGACCAUGAGUGUCGUGCUAUCCAUACCACAGGUGUUUAUUUUCCAUGUUGUGGUGAUCGAUUCCCCCAAGCGGUUUAUCCAGUGUACGACCUACGGCAGCUUUAGCUCACGCUGGCACGAGACACUUUACAACAUGCUUACCUUCACCUUCCUCUUCCUCUUCCCACUCUUCAUCAUGAUCUCCUGUUACACCAGGAUACUGUUUGAGAUCUCCAGGAAAAUGACCGAAGACAGCUUGCUGUCUAACAAAGUGCAGCUGCGCAGGUCAAAAAACAACAUCCCUAAGGCACGCAUGCGCACGCUGAAGAUGACUGUGGUCAUCGUCCUGUCAUUCAUGGUUUGUUGGACACCCUACUACAUGCUUGGCCUGUGGUACUGGUUCUGUCCCGCUGGCCUGGUGGAAACAGUGUCCCAGUCCCUCUCACACAUCCUUUUUAUCUUUGGCCUAUUAAAUGCUUGUUUGGACCCCAUCAUCUACGGUCUCUUCACCAUUCCACUGUGCAGAGGCAUGAGGCGCCGACAGCGUGAACAUAACGUUGUAGCUUUUGAGCUGGAGAACACUAAUAACUCUUUGAUGACUUCCAUCAGAACUUCCACCUCCUCUCUCACUUUAAAGAGGCUGACAGUUCAGCAGACUUCUAGAGAAAAGCUAGAAUGGGACGGAGAGUAUGUGCACAGGAUUGGAGAUGAUGGGCCAAAGAAUGGUGUGGCUUUUACAAGUUAUUCCACUGUAUAGACUAAAGGCCAAAACACGAGUUGUCUAUAUGUAUGAUAGCUUUGCAUUUAAUUACCAUUAAAGCCAUUGUGGGCAAGUGUAAUAUAAUUACAAUGAUUUAAU